AUCGUCGUAGUCAAACGCGAAAGAGGCGAAGACCUGAUUCGCUACCGACCUGACCUCGCCGCCGUUCUCCGGCUCUCCGCUCGGUCCGCUCCGCCGCCUCCCCUGGAAAACACAGGUAGGACUGAAUAAUAGACAAGAAUGGCUUCUACUGGCGUGAAAGAUUUCUACCGGCAGAAGAAGAAAGGAGGUGCCGGCAAAACUUCAGCAUCUUCUAAGAAGAAACCACAGAAUUAUACUGGAGGGGCCUCUGUUGGGGCCUCGAAUAAGGCUCAGACAGCAGCACUAAUUUCUCACGGAUCCUUUGACCUCAAAGAUGAUUUCAGUGAGCAAGAGGAGCAGCUGCGGCAGUUUGACAUGGACAUGAAGUUUGGCCCAUGCAUCGGUGUGAACAGGCUUCAGCGCUGGGAGCGUGCUUCCGCCAUGGGCCUCCAGCCACCGCCCCACCUUGGUGAUCUCCUAGCGCGCGCCGCCUCUGGAAACAACCGCAACAACGGCGGCCCCUCCCCUGAGUGCCUCUGGGAGGGUAAGAUCUAGAAUCAAAUCUCUUCUGUGGCAAGUGUUCCAUGGAAACCUAGCACAACUUGCCUACUGUAGCAUGAGACUUCUGAGACCUUUUUACCACGCGGAACUCUUGCUGUUGUACUGAAUCCUUGUCUGUUUUUCCUUGUCAGUUCGUUGCUACUCUAA